AUGUUUUUAACAAGAAGUGAAUACGACCGUGGUGUCAGCACAUUUUCCCCAGAAGGUAGACUUUUCCAAGUUGAAUAUUCAUUAGAGGCUAUUAAACUGGGUUCAACAGCAAUUGGUAUUACCACAAGAGAAGGUGUUGUAUUAGGUGUAGAGAAAAGAGCCACUUCUCCAUUAUUAGAAUCUGAUUCUAUUGAAAAAAUUGUAGAAAUAGAUAAUCAUAUUGGUUGUGCAAUGAGUGGUUUGACUGCAGAUGCUAGAUCUAUGAUCGAGCAUGCUCGUACAUCCGCUGUUACCCAUAAUUUAUAUUACGACGAAGACAUUAGCGUCGAGACAUUAACUCAAUCUGUAUGUGAUUUGGCUCUAAGGUUUGGUGAAGGUGCUUCUGGUGAAGAAAGGUUAAUGUCCAGACCUUUUGGUGUAGCAUUGUUAAUAGCAGGUUACGAUAGGGAUCAAGGUUAUCAAUUAUAUCAUGCCGAACCUUCAGGAACUUUCUACCGUUAUAAUGCCAAGGCUAUUGGUUCAGGUUCCGAAGGUGCUCAAUCAGAAUUACAAAAUGAAUGGCAUUCUUCUCUAACUUUGAAAGAAGCUGAAUUAUUGGUUUUAAAAAUCUUAAAGCAAGUAAUGGAAGAAAAAUUAGAUGAAAGCAAUACCCAAUUGAGUAGCAUAACAAAAGAAAAUGGUUUUAAAAUCUAUAAUGACGACAAAACUGCUGAACUAAUUAAAGAAUUAAAGGAAAAAGAAGCCCAAGAAAAUCCAGAAGAACCUGAUGUCACCAUGUCAUAA